AUGUCCACAAUCGCUGCUCUGGCUGGCCGCCGGGCUUUCACCCGCCAGGCCCUCUUCCGCGCCCCCCCACGCCGCUUCAACUCCUCCAAGGUCGAGGAGGCCGCCAACCUUGACAAGGCCGGCAAGCGUGACCCCGAGCUCUACGUUCUGCUCGGUGUCAUGUCUGGUGCCUUGAUGAUUGCCGGCUGGUACUUCGGCCGCAAGCCCACCUCCGUCAACUCCGAGAGCAACGUUCGCAUUGGCGAGAGUGCCAUGCCCUGGGAGAAUGUUUCCGAGGAUGGCAAGGUCUACAAGUACCAGUACCACCCCCACGGUGACAAGAGCCAGCCCCUCCGCGCUGCCCCCAGCGCCAUGAACACCGUCAUUGUCCCCAAUGUCACCCUGCCCGAGGACCUCCACGAGCGCUUCAACAAGUACGGCAAGGAGGAAUGGGACUACUAA